AUGAAGGAGGAGAACAAAAGGGUGAAGAAAACAACUGCUCAUCUGGCAGAAGUAGUGGCGGAGCUCCACCAGGAGCAGAUGCGUAACCCGUGUUGCCAGAAGACGAGAGACCUGCUUCAUGUCAGAGACGCGCAACUGAAAGAGUAUCAUGCGUCAAAAAGGGACAGGCUACACGUGAUGACGGGUACAGACGCGGAGUUAGCUGGGGAGGUCCCUUCAACUUUCCUUUCGGCAAGAGUCAAGGUCAGGAAGCAGAAAACACAAAUUGCGGAGCUGGAGGUGGGCGGCGCCAAGGUAUCUGGCUCACCCGGGAUCCUGAAGGCCACGACGCAGUAUUUUACAGACCUGUUUGGUACCGACGGUCGGACGGCGGUGGAGAUGUGGAAACCACUUGCUGGGAGGAAGCUGGAUGCAGAGACCGCGGCUGGGCUUGCGGCAGACUGGACGGAGGCAGAGGUGAAGCAGGCUUUCAAAGCGCUUGCGGACGGCAAAUCCCCUGGGAAGGAUGGACUCCCGAAAGAGCUCUUUGAAAGGCAUUGGGACGUCCUUGGCAAAGAUUUUCUCCGCAUGGCGCAGUCCUUCGUUGUUUCAGCGUCUAUCCCUGCAAGCAUCAAGGAAGCGGUUACUAUUCUACUUCACAAAAAGGGCGAGAAGGAUAAACUGGACAACUACCGUCCAAUCACAUUACUGAACUUCACGUACAAAGUGUUGGCGCGGGUGGUGGCGAACCGGAUGAAGCUGCAUCUGCACAAGGUGAUCUCAGCGGAGCAGUACGGAUUUAUCCCCAGCAGGAGAAUCUCAGAUGCCAUCGGUGUGGUUGCUGACGUUAUCGAGGCGGCGAAAAGGGGGAAUGAAGACUGGUACAUGUUGCUGGUGGACUUUCGCAAAGCCUUUGACUCGGUGUCUAGAAGCUUCCUUUUCAGUGUCCUCAAGGAAAUGGGCUUCCCGGAGAGAUUCGUCGGCUGGGUGGAAGGCCUGCACAAAGACACCAGAACGAGGCUGCUAAUUAACGGCUGGCUGGGGGAUGCGGUGGAUGUAAAAUCCGGGGUGAGGCAGGGUUGUCCCCUCGCUCCUUACCUGUUCCUCUGCGCGGUGGAGCCACUGGCUCAGGAAGCAGAGCGUUGGAAGAUUGGUCUCUGCAAUAAGGCAAACCAAAGGAUAGCCUACCAGGCACAGGUGUAUCCCCCGACAGAGGAGAUUUGGAAGAAGCUCAUGAAGCUGGUUCACAACUUUCUAACGGGCAACAAUGCAUCUGCAGAGAAAGGCUUUGUGCUAUGGAAUUGGGGGCUGCUUACCACACCGAAAGCUGACGGAGGUCUCGGAGUUUUAGACCCGGAGAUUUUACUCGCCUGCCUUGCGGCGAGGAGAAUUGGCUGUUUGUUGCUGGAGGAGAACGGGAAAAAGAAAGAGAUUAUGCUCAAGGCGGCCGGACUACCGCUCGGGGAAGACACGUUUCUGGCUCAUGAACGGCUGUUGAAGCACUGGCCAGGGGAUAACGAGCGUUGGUUGCGGACGUGCGAGGCCUUCAUGAAAUCCCCGAUUGCAGAUACCGGGAAGUCCUGUAGCAGAGAGGAGGUGGCGCAGGAGAGGGUGGUUUUCAACCGGAAGCUGCUGUUGAACGGCAUGAACCCGGUGGGGGGGCAGAAGGUGGCUAAGGAUCUAUGGGAGACGAGGCUGGGUGACCUGGUAACCGCGCAGCAGGAUGGUGCGGUGGAGAUUAAGGACAUCGACACGCUAGAGCGGGAGCUGCGUAGCAGAGACUUAGCCCGGCUGGCUCUCAAAGCACUUGAGGCAAUUCUGGGGGGCAAAACUCGGCAAGCAUUAGCGGUGGAAGGGAACAUGCAGCGGCAACAAUUUUCCGUUCGGCGAUUUUCACGAAUGGGCAGUUGUCAUCCCUGA